AUGGUGAAGCGUAAAGAGAAACAGCGCGACGGAUUGAUUAGUCGUGUCGAUGUCCCGCAGCAAGGGUAUAGGCAACAGCGGCGGUUUUCCAGAAGGGUCAGAGAAGACGGGGACCGGACUAAGGCCAGGCACAGCGAUAGUAAAGGGGAAUUGAGAAAAGAAAAGAGGAAGAUGACGCCACAGAAGUCACAGCCGAAUGGCAGAGGAGAGAGAGUAAGAGAGGGGAGGGGGGAUAGACUGGACCCCUUCAAAAGUUCUCAGAACCUGCACGGAAGCGUCGAGCACCCGGGGGGAAAAGAGACUGAGAGUGAGAGACUCAGAGAGAAGAGGGUGGUGAAAGUGAAAAUCGAGAAGCCAGUGGGUGGAUUUGCUGGAUUUGCUGGCCCACAGGAACAACCGGCGGCCCAAGAUUUCCUCACUUCCAGAGCCCAUCCACGUUGGCUGGAUGUGGAUGAUGAGCCCCAGCCUAUCACGCCAAACUGGAUGGUGCCCCUCCAGCCAGUCACAGUUGCAGCUCAAAAGAAUAAUGCCACCCACCCCCCAAAACGUGGAGACCGUGAAUGGAAAUUGGCUCCCGUCGCUGGUCCUGAAUGGAUCACCAGAACGCGCGAUGGAUCUCCGCCCGAUGAAUCAGUCAAACUCGUUGUUGCAAGGUCAUGUUGUGUGGUAUGUGCUGCUGCUGCUGCCGCCGCUAACUACUCAAUCCCAUCACGGUCCCGAAGGUGCUCUGUGGAUUUCCCAUCUGCCUUGGCUUGUCGCGUAGUGCUCACUACCACUAUGACUGCGGUUGUUGCUAUGAUGAUAUGGACCAGGUCGAUCGAUCGAUCGACCGGCGGACCCCAAAGCAAUAUCCCGUCAUGGAUUGCAGUUGAAACAGCAAGUGGAGCGACCGAAAAUAUGACAAGCACAAUGGGGUAA